AUGGUGGUGGAUUCUGGGCAGCCCUUUCUAUUGCGGCUCUUGUCACAGUGGCUUGAAGUUUUCGAAGACCCUGACGUGGCCUGCUUGGUCAAUGCAACGGACUCAUUUGCCACAGGGGUGAACGUUGGCGUGGGCGAUCCUUUACCAAGGACGCCUCAAGUUUUUCCGCCAAAGGUGAAGCAUUGGAAGUUGGAUGGUACGGAGUUCAACCCCAUAGCUGACAACUACAUGUCAGGGCAGUUGUCAGCCAAGGAAUUGGAGGAGAAGUUCAGGGAGGAGGAGGCACUUGGGCGCAUGGAACCUUCUAAGAUGUCUGUCUUGAGGGCGCGCUAUGGGGGUCGCUUACGUGUGGCUGCAAUGGCGGCGAUCAGCAAGCCUGACGGUGGUGUCAGGCCUCUUCACGAUGCCACCCAUUCUGUGAUGGUUAACCAUGCAAUCAAAUACAGGGAUCAACUACAGUGCCCAGGCCCGGCAGAAGUUGCUGCUGUGGUGAGAGAAGCGGUAGAGACCCGAGAGGCUGUGUUCUGCGUUUCGGCCGAUAUCAGAGUUGUUUGGAUCAACAAGGUGGGAACGUUUGGAGUAUCAAGUGCUCCUUACUGGUGGUCGAAGCUUUUCGCUUUGAUUGGACGUUUUGUGGGACAUGUCAUGCAGACGGCGGCUUACUGGCAUUUGGUUUAUGUGGAUGACCUGCACGGGGCGUUUACAGGGCCUCUCAAGUUUGAGCUUUUGUGGGUAUGGCUGUUGGCCUUCGAGGUCAUUGGGACUCCAUUUGGUUAUCACAAGUUCAAGGGUGGUACGACAGGAAUGAAGUUGUUCUAA